AAUUGGGACAUUACCAUUUAUUAGUGCCUCGCAGCGCAAAAGCACCCCCUUGCAAUGACGUGUGUUGCCCCUCGAUCUGCUGCCAAGCAUCGCAGCUGCCACCAACGAUACGCGUCAGUAACAAGCCCAACUGGUCCAAGGCCUUCCACCCAGCCAAAACAUUUCACAGGUUCCCUCUUCUCCUCCUGCUUAAAACAGUCGACGUCUACCCACCAUCUUCUGCCAUCAUCUUGCAAUCAUUUCGCAACUCUUCAAUCCAGUACACAGCAACCUGUCUUACAGUAGUACUUCCAAGACUUUAUCGACGAAGCCUGCAACCCACCCCAACAAAUCAACACUACCCCGCUGCUACCAAACACCACCAUAGUUCCAUCAUGGCUCCCAAUCUGACUGUCCACGUCAAGAACAUCUCGGCCGAGACCGACGAUAAGGAGAUCAAGGACUUCUUCAGCUUCUGCGGCAGGAUCACCGACAUCAAGGUCACCCCUGCUGAGAAGACCAAGGAUGCUACCGUUGUCUUCGAGAAGGAGACUGCUGCCAGAACUGCUCAGCUCCUGAACAACACCAAGCUUGGCCCCAACCAGAUCACCGUCACCCCCGAGUCAGACGGCGAGGACUCCGGCCCCACCACCAACAAUGAACGAGACAGCGACGAGAUCACACAGGAGGAGAAGCCUCGCAGCCGUAUCCUGGCCGAGUACCUUGCACACGGCUACGUCGUCGGCGACGCCGCUCUCCAGCGUGCCAUUGAGCUUGACCAGACCCACGGCGUUUCCAACCGCUUCGUCUCCACCCUCCAAAAUCUCGACACCAAGUACCAUGCCACCGACCGCGCCAAGACUGCAGACCAGUCCUACGGCAUCACCCAGCGAGCCACUGGCCUCUGGGGCGGCUUGAACUCGUACUUUGAGAAGGCCACCAACACGCCUACCGGCAAGAAGCUCGUCAACUUCUACACACAAGGCUCCCGACAGGUCCAGGACAUCCACGCCGAGGCCCGCCGCCUUGCCGACCUCAAGAAGGACGAGCACGGCGGAAGUGCCGUCAAGGCUGCUGGUCUCGAGCGCGUCCUCGGCAAGGACAAGGAGCAGGCUGCUGGCAGCCAGUCAGGCACAACACCCUCAGCCACCACCAACACGACCUCGGAAUCUGGUGUUCCAGUGACUGGUCCUAAAGCUGGUACUACCGAGUCGACACCAAUUGCUUCAACUGGUGCCGAUCUUCCUCCCCAGGUCCCGGGUUCUGGAAAGCAGUAGAUUGAGAACAAGGAGAAAAGAGCAGCGAAGAUCACGAACGUAAUGAUAGUCUUUUUCUAAUGAGUAUGCCUGAAUAUAUUUGUGAUGAACUA